CAAGCUGUGGCCACUUCCUGCUCACGGGACGCGAAGCCGGGCUGCCCCGGGUUCCCAGGAUCUGGGAAGGGUUCCCAACCUCCUGCCUCGCUCUGGAGGCUGAGGGCUUGGCCCGAUCAGCAUUUUACCCACAAUAGAACUUCUCUGAUCACUGGAGUCAGCCCUCUCAGACCCUGCUGCCUUUUCUUAGGCAUGCGAGUGUAGCAUCUGGCAGGAGCAAAAACUUGAAGUUACCUGUCUGCUCCGAUUCACACAGGCCCGCCGUCCGCAGCGCCCGGAGCCGGAGAAGAGGGCAGGCAUGGAAAGCGACUCCAGGCGCCUCCUCAGCCCUGAGGCCGACCCCGAAGUCUCUCCCGGACCCAUGAACAUUCAGUUCGACUCACCGGACCUGAGAUCCAAAAGGCCUUUCUGCAUCGAGCCCGCAAACCUCGUCAGUGCGAAUGACGUCAUUCCGAGGGUCAGCGACCAGGCCUCCGCCAUGAACAAGAGGAUUCAGUACUACAGCCGGCUCACCGGCCCCGCGGACAAGGCUCUGCUCGCCCCGGACCAUGUGGUCCCGGGCCCGGAGGAGUGCUACGUGUACAGCCCCCUGGGAUCCGCCUACCGACUGCAGAGCUACACGGACGGGCAUGGGAAGAACGCCAGCGUGGUGACCAUAUUCAUGAUCUGGAACACCAUGAUGGGCACGUCCAUCCUGAGCAUCCCGUGGGGCAUAAAGCAGGCUGGAUUCACCACGGGCGUGUGUGUCAUCCUGCUCAUGGGCCUCCUGACGCUGUACUGCUGCUACCGGGUGGUGGAGUCUCGCGCCCUGAUCGCGUCGGCGGACACCUCGGCCUGGGAGUACCCCGACGUCUGCCAGCACUACUUCGGCUCCUUCGGGCAGUGGUCCAGCCUGCUCUUCUCCCUGGUGUCUCUCAUCGGAGCGAUGGUCGUGUACUGGGUGCUCAUGUCGAACUUCCUCUUCAACACCGGGGAGUUUAUUUUUAACUCUAUCCACCACAUCAAUGACACAGAUGCCGUGCCGAGCACCAAUGACAGCAACCCUGUGAUCUGCCCAGGCCCAGGGAGCGGCCGUCCGCACAACGGCUCGGGGGUCAUCCACGCCAACGGCACGGGACUGCAGCCGUUUGAAAAGUGGUGGGACAAGUCCAGGACGGUGCCCUUCUACCUCGUGGGGCUGCUCCUGCCGCUGCUCAACUUCCGGUCGCCCUCCUUCUUCUCCAAGUUCAACAUCCUAGGCACGGUGUCCGUCCUCUACCUGGUUUUCCUCGUCACCCUGAAGGCUGCUCGCCUGGGGCUUCACUUGGAAUUUCACUGGUUCGAGCCAACAGAAUUUUUUGUACCAGAGAUAAGAUUUCAGUUUCCACAGUUGACCGGAGUGCUUACCCUUGCUUUCUUUAUUCAUAACUGUGUUAUCACACUCUUAAAGAACAACAGGAACCAAGAGAACAAUGUGAGGGACCUGUCCAUCGCCUACCUGCUGGUGACGCUGACCUACCUCUACAUCGGAGUCCUGGUUUUCGCCUCGUUUCCCUCACCGCCGUUACCCAAAGGCUGCAUCGAACAGAAUUUCCUAGACAACUUCCCCAGCAGUGAUAUCCUGUCUUUCGUCGCGAGGAUCUUCCUGCUGUUCCAGAUGAUGACCGUGUACCCGCUCCUGGGCUACUUGGCACGUGUGCAGCUCCUGGGCCACCUGUUUGGGGACGUGUACCCCAGCGUCUUCCACGUGCUGGUUCUUAACCUGCUGAUCGUGGGGGCCGGAGUGGUCAUGGCCUGUUUCUACCCCAACAUCGGCGGGAUCAUCAGGUACUCGGGUGCGGCCUGCGGCCUGGCCUUCGUCUUCAUCUACCCGGCGCUCACCUACAUCAUCGCCCUCCGCCAGGAGGGCCGGCUGACGUGGCCCAGGCUCCUGGCGCACGUGGCCAUCAUUCUCCUGGGCCUGGCCAACCUGAUCGUUCAGUUUUUCAUGUGAUGGCUCCACUGGCUCCGAGAGGCCCUUCACGACGCUUCGGGCUCCGGUGACAGCCCCAGCCAACUCGCUCCGAAACGCUGCCGUGGCCGCAUUUCUGGGCGUGUCCCUAAGGGCACUGGAAACGAGGGAGACGCGGCCCACUGCUGCGUGGCUGUGAUCAGGACAGGAAAGGAACGGUGGGAGUGACCCCGGUCCCCACCUUUCCUGUAGCCCCUCACCACUGCCGCUCCCGUCACUCCGUCUGCUCUGCGUGGGUGUCGCCCCCGGAGGAGCGGGCCGUGUUUUGCUCUUCGAUCUGAGGUGGGCGGGCGUGUUUGCUGCAAUAAAGAUCCUCAGGGUGUCACA